AGCGACAACACCAAACGACUAUCCGAAUACCUUGAACGGCUGCCCAUUAUGUCGCACCGAAAGUUCGAGGCUCCUCGCCACGGUUCGUUGGCUUUCUUGCCCCGCAAGCGGGCUGCCCGUCACCGAGGAAAGGUCAAGAGCUUUCCCAAGGAUGACAAGAAGAAGCCUGUCCAUCUUACCGCUACCAUGGGCUACAAGGCUGGUAUGACGACCGUCGUCCGUGACCUUGACCGUCCUGGUGCCAAGCUCCACAAGAAGGAAAUCGUUGAGGCCGCGACCGUCAUUGAGACUCCUCCGAUGAUCGUAGUUGGUGUCGUUGGUUACAUCGAGACUCCCCGCGGUCUACGUUCCCUCACAACCGUCUGGGCCGAGCAUCUAAGCGAGGAGAUCAAGCGCCGAUUCUACAAGAACUGGUACAAGAGCAAGAGAAAGGCCUUCACCAAGUACGCCAAGAAGCACUCUGAGAACAACGGCCAAUCCGUCACCCGCGAACUCGAGAGAAUCAAGAAAUACUGCACAGUCGUCCGCGUUCUUGCCCACACCCAGAUUAGCAAAACUCCUCUCAAGCAAAAGAAGGCUCACCUCAUGGAGAUUCAAGUCAACGGUGGUGAGAUUGCUGCCAAGGUCGAUUUUGCUCAGGGCCUGUUCGAGAAGCCCGUCGAUGUCAGCUCAGUGUUCGAACAGGAUGAAAUGAUCGACGUCAUUGGUGUUACCAAGGGUCACGGUUUCAACGGUGUUACUUCUCGUUGGGGAACUAAGAAGCUUCCUCGCAAGACCCACAAAGGUCUACGCAAGGUCGCUUGUAUCGGUGCCUGGCAUCCUUCCCACGUGCAAUGGACUGUUGCACGUGCUGGUCAAAUGGGUUACCAUCAUCGUACUUCCGUCAACCACAAGAUCUACCGCAUUGGUAAGGGUGAUGAUGAGGGCAACGCUUCCACCGAGUUCGACGUUUCCAAGAAGACCAUCACUCCCAUGGGAGGCUUCGUACGCUACGGUGAAGUGAAGAACGACUACGUUCUCAUCAAGGGAUCCUGCCCGGGUGUAAAGAAACGUGUAUUAACUCUACGCAAAUCGAUGUUCACCCACACCAGCCGAAGAGCGCUCGAGAAGAUCGAUCUCAAGUGGAUCGAUACCUCCUCUAAGUUCGGUCACGGCGCAUACCAGACACCAGCGGAGAAGCGCGCUUUCUUGGGUACACUCAAGAAGGACUUGGUGGCUCCUGCGUAGGUUGUUCUCGGCGAUGUUUGCAUUUAACGGUUCUUCGAAGGGAGAUGUGUGGCGUUCACCUGUGGCAUCGAAUAGUGCGAACAGGAAAUAAAAUAAAUGACCAAUACCCAAACUCUAGCCGACCUUCUUCUUGUGCACUAUUUCCACUGUAUGUCAAAUUUCGCGAUGAAUUUGCAGGACUGCCGUAAAGCCCAAACAACCACAACACUAACACCGAGUGAUGGAUACGAAGUGGUUUUCCACUCGCAUACUUUCCAAUAAACUAAAUAUACAUUGGCAUCUCGUGCCAGGAGCAUUUUUUGUUAAUUUAAUUCGAAUAUGACUGAAGCUUCAAUGA